GCGCUCCGCACGAGCCGGCGCGAUGACGCUGCCGUUCCGAAUGUCCAGAUGUCGCGACUUUAUCUCUCUUCCCCAACGUUCAUGCAGCACACAACGUCUUCAUGACCGUUUCCCCCUAUGGCUUAUCGGCGCAAGCCCUCAGGACGUCGUCGAAAGCUAGAUUUGCGGCUCGAACUCGCCAUGCAUUUGGGCGAGGAUUCGCUACGAGCGCUCCCCCUCCUCCGUCUCCCUCCAGACUCCAAAAGUAUGCUAGAAGAGCGUUGUAUACUGGCGUCGGGAUUGGCACUCUCUGGGCGAUAGACACCAACUUUAAUGCGUCCGCCAUAACGCGUAAUUUCCGAACAAUAUACAUGUGCGGGGCUAUAGCCCUAGACUAUUCCAUGAACUUCACACCCGCUAAGAGCGAGUCUAUACCACAACUCCACGAGCGCGUCGCGGAAAGGAUGUACAACCUCCUGACGAAGAACGGUGGCUUAUACAUCAAGAUCGGUCAGGCUAUAGGCGCGAACGCGGCCCUGCUUCCCAAACCCGUUCAAGUCAAAUUUCAGUCCCUCUUCGACGACGCACCGCAGGUCCCCUACUCCGUUGUCGAAUCCGUCUUCCGCUCCGAGUUCGGGCGCCCUCCAAGCGGCCCAGAUGGCGUAUUCGAGAUAUUCGAAGAGCAGGCAGUCGCAAGCGCCAGCAUCGCGCAGGUCCACAAAGCGAAACUGCGUGGCUCCGAUCAGUGGGUCGCCGUGAAGAUCCAGAAGCCGGACGUCGUGCGCCAGACAUGGUGGGACCUCACGACCUACAAGGGCGUGAUGUGGCUCUACGACCGCUGGUUUGAGCUCCCCGUCUACUUCCUCGUCGACUACAUCUCGGAUCACCUUCGCCAAGAGCUCAACUUCAUCCGGGAGGCGGACAACGCACGGCGGACGGCCGCGUUCGUGCGCGCGGACCCGAACUUCGCGCAGCGCGUACACAUACCCGAAGUGUAUGAGGAAUACUCCACAAAGCGGGUCAUGACGGCGGAGUGGAUAGAUGGCGUACGGCUGAGCGACCGCGAUUCGGUCCUGCGGCUUGUAGGCGAGAAGCCACCUUUGCCGGGCACGGAAGCGCUCCGACCACUACAGGGAGGCGCACGCGCUGUCAUGCAGACCAUGGUCGAGCUGUUCAGCGCACAGAUGUUCAGCUGGGGCUGGGUUCACUGCGAUCCCCACCCGGGGAACGUCCUCAUCCGGCCCAAUCCCUCGAAACCGACCCAACCGCAACUCGUGCUCCUCGACCACGGCUUGUACGUGAGCGUCUCAGAGGAGAUGCGCCGGCAGUGGGCGUCCGUCUUCAAGGCCAUGCUCGUCGGCGACCGCGCCGAGGUUGAGUCCGUCGUCAGCCAGUGGGGCGUCGGCCUCGGCAUGGGGGACCUCUUCGCGUCCUUCGCGCUCAUGCGCCCCGUCCGGCUGAAGGGCGCGCGCACCGGGCCGCCCAUCUUCUCCAAGGAGGCGACGAGCGACUACGAGCGCGGCGUGCAGAUGAAGGCCGCGCUGCGCAACUUUCUCGUCGACACGGACCGCAUGCCGAAGGUGCUCGCGUUCCUCCUGCGCAACAUGCGCAUGGUGCAGGGCAACAACCAGUCGCUCGGCUCGCCCGUGAACCGCAUCCGCAUCACCGCGACAUACGCGUCGCGCGCGCUCGCGAAGUCGCCGAACUUGAGCCUGGGGCAGCGCUGGCAUGCGUGGUGGCAGCACUUUGUCUUCCAGACGAUCAUGUUCUCGUCGGACACGGUGUUCUACUGGGUGCGCAUCAGGCAGUAUCUGGGACGCGUGCUCGGGUACAAAGUGGUGGGCUUUGAGGACGAGCUGGAGAGCAUCAUGCGCAGGACGGCGAAGAGUACUCUAGGGCUUGAGAUUAACGAGGAGACGUUUGCUGGAUAGACAGACUAUCAUUCAUUCGAUACGUUGCAUGCUUUGCUGUCGAGCGGUCUGGUUUAUAUCCGUGGUCUACUUAACGUGAUUGGAGCACGAACAUUCGCAUCAAAUACCACCGGUCAAGGCUAACUACGGUCUGUCCUUACACAACGUUGACGGGUUACAUGUCUGAUCACAAAAAUCUACUCGGAUGGUGGUGUCUUGUCCGUCCAGACGCGCGGAACCGCAUUCCCUACCAGCUCAAUCCUCCGCUUCGUGAUCAGCGGGUGAUGCAACCGACGCAGCACACCGCGAUAAGUGACACGCUGCGAUACAUCUUGCAAUAGCUUCAGAUUGAGGGUUCCAACGGGGAAUGGUAGCCCGUCCUCAGGUAUAGCACUGACGUCCGUUUCGUCGGGGAACGUCGCCACCACUCGCAGCACAAGCGGUGCGCCUGCGCUAGUAGCGAGA